AUGUCGGACGACGAGGAAAACAUCAGAAGUCUAGAAGACGACAAUGUCGAGGAAGCACUUCCCGAUUGGGGGCUAGUCAGUGGGAAAAGUACCUGGAAGCACGACGAACAGUUGCCCAAGCGCUCAGAAAAAUACUUUGACCACGACGGCUCGGAAACGCAGAGCUCGGAUCUUAAUCGGGCAAGGGGCCAGAUGUACGACGCGCUUCUGUGCAUCCGAGGUCAUCUUGUAAGGCAGAUAUUAGUUGCAGUGUGGAUUCCCCAACGGAAAAUGGCGUUGGUUCCGCAUGCCAAAGGCGCCUUUUUCAAGGAUAUGGGGACAGCCCAUGUUUUCAAGCGCAAGACUAAGUUGCUGGGCAUGUGGCUCACUCCAAUAGAAACGGUGUACCUAACCGAAAGAGGCUCUUUAAUCACGUAUUUGAGCAAUGAGGACUUUGCACGCUUUAUCGAAGAUGACUCGCUCACCUUUGACUACAACAGUCUCAGACAGCUUCCGAUGUCGUACUUGUACUCAUUGGCGUUUGGCGGGGACCCAGAUUUGAUUGACAAGUACCAGGUCUUUGCUCUUUUAAAACGGUUGGGCUACAUCGUUCUCGAAUUCCAGCAGUAUUGGCCGCAGCUUGAAAGUUGGCACGACAUCCACAAGGAGAAAACAUCGUUGUUUUCGAGAGCCCAGAGCUUUUUCUCUCUGCUUGGUUUCCACAUGCGCAACUCGCUCUCUUCCACUUCAUUCUAUUCCAAACACACGCAUUACUUCAACUACACAAAGAUAUUUGAGUCGCUUCGACUUAUUCCCACAUACACUGCAUUCGAGACUCUUGAAUCUCGGCCUCCCAUCGCCGACCCAAAAUAUGCCCUUCAUUUCAACGUAUGGAAACCCACACCUUCAUUCAGUAAAAAACACCCACCUCCUCCAGAUUUCCAAAUCGUCAUUGCCAACGUUGCAAAGACUCCAUUUCCGUCCUUGUCGGCGAUCCAGAGCUUGUGGAACCAGCUCAAUUUCUCGUUUGUACCUCCCCAGAAGCCAGCGCCCAAAGCUGCACCGGGCAAAAAGAAGAAACCAGCUCCUCCAACGAAAAAGGAGUUGCAGAUGCAACGAAGAAAGGCACGCGAGGAAAAACUAGAUCCUCGGAUCGUGCAAAGAAACAAUUACCUAAAGUUGAGAGAUACAAAGCUCAAAAACGGCUCCACAGGAAGAUGUGUUGUUCUCGCCACUAUAGACAGUGGAAUCAUCACUUUCAACUCUCUCAACGAAACAGAGUUCUCUUUGAAAAGCCAGCAUAGUCUUAAAGACUUGAAUGCUAUAACGACGAAACCUCUGCAUGGGGUUGUUUGGAACGAGCCAAUAAAGCUCUAG